UUACUUUAUAGGAAAAAGAAAUGUAUAUUCCUUCACAAGUGAAGACAGUUCUCCACUAAAAGCAAUGGAAGGAAAAACAGAAAAAAAAUCCUCAACAAGUGACGACAGAUCUCCAUUAAAAGCAACAGAUGGGAGAAGAAAUUUGAAUAUUUUACCAAGUGCGGAAAGUUCUCCAGUAAAAGCAACAUAUGAUUUAAAUGAUGCUAUAGAUGUGUGCCCAAUUUUAGAAAAGACCAGUGAAAUUACUGGAGACGGUGAAAAGAUAAGUGAAACUACUGGACAAGGUGAAAAGAUUAGUGAAACUACUGGACAAGGUGAAAAGAUUAGUGAAACUACUGGACAAGGUGAAAAGAUUAGUGAAACUACUGGACAAUGUGAAAAGAUUAGUGAAAUUACUGGAGAUAGUGAAAAGAUAGGUGAAACUACUGGACAAGGUGGAAAGAUUAGUGAAACUACUGAAAAUGGAAGAAAAAGAACAAGUUGUUCUUCAAAAAAUGAAAAAGUGGAUGCAACAGAAUCCAAGAAGUGCACAGUAAGACUGACUGAUAUUGGUACUAUUAAAAACUUGAAAACAUAUGUUGAUAAGACAGAGAAAAAAAGAAAAAGAAGAAAGAUAUGUCUAAAGAACUUGUAAAAUAAUAUAUGUAAUAUGUUAAGUUUUAAAUAAGUUCAUCUGAUAUGAAACAACAAAUUCAGGAUACUUUGUGUCAUAUUUCAAAUAAGUUGAAUGGAUAUCUACUUUUAUGAUAAAACUAUGAUAUUUCAAAAAGUUGUAAAUAUUUUUUUGUCUAAUUUAUGAAAAUCAGUAAUAGAAUAAGGAAAAAAGUGUAAAUAUAUUAAUAUAUAACAAAAUCCCUUCAAGAAAAUCUUGACCUUUAGCUUAGUCAUGCAGUUCUAUGACAGCAGAACUUGUUUUAUGUUAUAGUAGCAACUUAAAUAUAAGUAUGACCAAAUGCUAAGCAAAUAAUAGAAAUCAGGAAAGAGAACACAUUGUUGUGUAUUAAUUCUGUGGGACUUGAUUAUUUAUCUAAAGUUUUUCAAUAGUGUUAAUGUAUGUCAUGUCUGCAAAUUUUCUACACUAAUAUUUUUCAAUGUUAAAUUUUUUUCCAUCAAGUAAAUGAGUCUGCAAUACAAACAAAAGAGUGUAUUGCACAGUUCUUUCCAUUAAGGUCAUGUGUAUUCAUUUAUGCACAAAAAAAGUCAUAACUAUAAGUAUUGCUUUUAUAACUGUGUAAUGUUUACCCUCCUAUAUCAAGUAUAUUGGCCAAGAAACUUGAGAAAAAAGUUCAAAUUCUGUAAAGUUUUGCUUGAGCCGGAUUUUUUCAGCAAGAAAUUAUUAUAUAUAUAUAAAGAAGUUCAAGUCAAAUAUGAACUUGAUUUUUACAUUAUACUAUAUAUAGAUAUAAUACUUUUACUUAAUCAUGCUCCUCGGAUAUACAAGUUGUCCAAUUAUUGAAUUGAAUAAAAGACAAAUAUUGGUGUGUAACGAUCUUCAUACUGUAAGCGUUCAGCCAGGAUGAAGAGGUUAUGCUCCAAUUGGAUUGAGUUAUUAUAGUUAUAAAAAAAGGAAGUGCAUUCUAGAUUGAUUGAUAGAGAUGGAAUCUUAUAGUUAAUUUUAGUUAUGAUUUGAGGAUAAUGAUAUAUAAAUAAAGUCUAUCUUGUGACUUUAAUAUUUUAUUGUUGUUGUUUGCUUAAACAAUAUGUUAAGUUUUUUGUUAAUAAAUUUUGUGUCUUUAUUUAUUCUGUUACAUUAUCAGCUUUUUUGUGAACCUUCAGAAUUUGUGGAUAAUCUUUUGCAACAUAAAUGUCAAAAUAUUCAUGCAUCAUGCAUCUUUAAUUUUCUUUUUCUUUGCAUAAUAUGUACCAUAAUGUAUAUAGAGAUAAUCUUUUUACCUAAUCAUUCUGCUCGGAUAUACAAGUUGUCCAAUUAUUGAAUUGAAUAAAAGACAAAUAUUGGUGUGUAACGAUCUUCAUACUGUUAGCGUUCAGCCAGGAUGAAGAGGUUAUGCUCCAAAUUGUCUCUUGUUGAUUAUUGAUUAACCCUUAAGGGUA